UGAAGAACAACGAGGAAGGUCAAAGUUGAAAGUUCGACGCAAAGAUGUUUUGAAAGGCAACGAGAUGAGUAAAACUGAACUAUUCAAUAUAUAGCACGGGUUAAACACCGUCUCUACAAUAAUGAUAAGUCUCCAGUAAUGAUAACACCUUAUUUUACAGUAAAUACGUGUAGUUUAAGCUUUCUUCUCCGUGUGCAGGAAGUCCUGUAGUGGAUAGAUUCAGUGUUGAGAUGGAGCUGACAUCUUUGCUCGGCUGCACGGUUUGAUAACAGCAAAGCUCACUCUGAACAGAUCUGGGAGGUAAACAAACGUGUUAAACGCACAAUUUGAGCUUCACAGCAAACUGCAAGCUAUGGCAUUGCAUUUGAUCCGUUAAUACACAUCGUUUAGUGAUAACAGACAGUAUGUCGAGGCUGUUGUUGCUGCAGCAUCGUCUCUGCAGGAGAUACAGCUCAGGUUUACUGUGGGCGCUGUCAAGGAGAAACUCUCAUGUAUUAACUAACAAACAGACGAACAGUGAUGCUGGUAAACAUGUUACAAACAUGCUCUCUACAUCAGAGACAAGUCAGCCACAGAAACUCAUUCAGAGUCUCCUCCACAGACCCUUGGGUCCUGGCAUGGUGGGACUCAGCAAAGAGUUGAUCAGGAACAACCUGCUGAGGAACCCUGUUGGUUUGGUAAAUCUAUUAGGGUCAAUUAACUUCUUCAGUACAUCUCAAUCUAAACAAGAGAAAAACAAAAGUGAUGGACCAAAGGGAAAAACUCCAGAGGAAGAUGAAGAGGAGAAGAAACGCCGCGAGCAGGAGGACCAGAUGUACCGGGAGCGACUGCGGACCCUUUUCAUCAUCGCGCUCAUCAUGAGCCUGCUGAACUCCAUUAACACCAGCGGCGGGAACAUCUCUUGGAACGACUUCGUCAAUGAGAUGUUGGCCAAGGGAGAGGUGUCCCGUGUGCAGGUCGUUCCUGAGAGUGACAUCGUAGAAAUCUACCUUCAUCCUGGAGCCGUUAUCUUCGGAAGGCCGAGGCUGGCGCUCAUGUACAGAAUGCAAGUCGCCAACAUUGACAAAUUUGAGGAGAAGCUGAGAGCUGCUGAAGAAGAGCUGCAUAUUGAGGCUAAGGACAGGAUACAGGUGUCCUACAAACGCACUGGAUUCUUUGGGAAUGCAGUCUACGCUCUGGGGAUGGCUGCUAUCGGCGUGGCUAUUCUCUGGUAUAUCUUCCGACUCGCAGGCAUGGGGGGCAGAGAAGGCGGCUUCAGUGCUUUUAAUCAGCUGAAGAUGGCCAAGUUCACCAUUGUGGACGGCAAGUCAGGUAAAGGUGUGAGUUUCAAAGAUGUCGCCGGCUUGCAUGAGGCUAAAAUGGAAGUAAAGGAAUUUGUCGACUACCUCAAGAAUCCAGAACGAUACCUCCAGCUGGGAGCCAAGGUUCCCAAGGGUUCAUUGCUGCUUGGGCCUCCCGGCUGUGGGAAGACCCUGCUGGCGAAGGCCGUAGCCACUGAGGCCCAGGUGCCCUUCCUGGCUAUGGCUGGCUCCGAAUUUGUGGAAGUCAUCGGAGGCCUGGGUGCUGCCAGGGUACGGAGUCUGUUCAAAGAGGCUCGAAGCCGAGCACCCUGCAUCGUCUACAUCGAUGAGAUCGACGCCGUGGGAAAGAAGCGCUCCACCAACAUGUCGGGUUUCUCCAACACUGAGGAGGAGCAGACCCUCAACCAGCUGCUGGUGGAGAUGGACGGAAUGGGAACGACAGACCACGUCAUUGUCCUCGCUUCCACUAACAGAGCAGAUAUCUUGGACAACGCUCUCAUGAGGCCAGGCAGACUGGACAGGCACAUCUUCAUAGAUCUGCCCACACUGCAGGAGAGGAAGGAGAUCUUUGAGCAACAUCUGAAGAUCUUGAAGCUGACCCAACCGGCUAAUGUCUACUCUCUGCGUCUGGCUGAGCUCACUCCAGGCUUCAGUGGUGCAGACAUCGCCAACAUUUGUAACGAGGCCGCCCUGCACGCCGCCAGAGAAGGCCACAAGUCCAUCGACACCUUUAACUUUGAGUACGCAGUGGAGAGAGUGAUAGCAGGAAGUGUAAAGAAGAGUAAGAUCCUGUCUAAAGAGGAGCAGAGAAUCGUCGCCUUCCAUGAGUCUGGACACGCCUUAGUGGGAUGGCUGCUUGAGCACACAGAGGCAGUCAUGAAGGUGUCCAUUGCCCCGCGGACUAACGCAGCGCUGGGAUUCGCCCAGAUCUUACCUCGUGACCAGUACCUGUUCACCAAGGAGCAGCUGUUUGAGCGGAUGUGCAUGGCUCUGGGAGGAAGAACUGCUGAGGCGAUCACCUUUAACAAGGUUACAACAGGAGCUCAGGAUGACUUGCGUAAGGUGACGCGUGUGGCCUACUCUAUGGUGAAGCAGUACGGCAUGUGCGACAGCGUCGGCCAGGUCUCAUUCCCAGACACUGAGCCGCAAGGUGGAAUUGGACGGCGUCCCUUCAGCCAGGGCCUACAGCAGCAGAUGGACCACGAGGCUAAGAUGUUGAUAGCGCGUGCUUACAGGCACACAGAGAAGCUGCUGCUGGAUAACAGAGACAAGCUGAUACUGUUGGCCAACGCGCUGCUAGAACGAGAAGUGGUAAACUACGAUGACAUCGAAGCCUUGCUGGGUUCGCCGCCCCACGGGCCCAAGAAGAUGAUCCUCCCGCAGAGCUGGUUGGAGGCCGAGAGGGACAAACAAGACACGGGAGAGGACGAACCUCAACCACCUCCCAAUAAACAGAGAGACGAGGACGCAAAUCCACAGCUGGUCUGAUCUUAAAAUGAAUGUCUUCUCCAACUGCUGCAUUUUGUGGGGGUCACCAGGUGUUGCGUGGAUUUGAUAAAACCUGGCAUUGAUUCCUCACUCUGAAGCUUUAUAUGCCUGAAAGUGAAAUCAUCAAAGUCCAUGCAGAUGUUUUGUGCAAAUGCACUUGUUUUCCAGUUGGCUGACCCAUUUAGAUAAUCUGAAACAGGCCUAAACAAGCUAGUGCAACUUUGAAAAUUAUUAUUUUGGGAGGAAUUCCAUCAUCUUUCUAAUGUGUUUGCAGCAAAGCCAUAUUAUUAUUAUUAUCAUUAUGCCAUAGAAGACCUAAAAACAGGUCUAAUUAAACAAGAUGUCUCCAACCAGCCUGCAGUGCAGAUAGUCUAGAAAAGCCCUCUAAUCAACAUUUACUGUAUGUGCAAGCAAUUAUAUACUCUGUCUUAGAACUGCCAAACACUGUGUGCUAAUACCUGAAACUGGAGUUGGAUCAUUUUUAUGCAAACAUACUGUAGCGUAUACAGGUUUGGAGUUUGGGAAUUUGUUAUUUUACAUCUGCAAUUGACAUGGCAAAGCAACUGCUAGCCAUUUGUAACUCAAGUCAUUCUACGCUAACAAAAGUCAACUUUUAAGGGUGAUUUUUCUAUUUUGUCAGAGAUGAUGUGCACCAAAUAUAUUUGCAUUCAUUCAGGUGACUUAUCUACACAAACAUUAAGGUUGCAUUGUUGCGUUUGGUAUUUAAGUGAGCUGCAGUAAAGAAUUUUAACUGAUUUCUGUGGACGUCAUACUUGAUUUUUCUGACUUGGCUGAAAAUGAUUUUGAAAUAAGGCUAAAAUAUCAAGCGUCUUGUCAUGUUGAGGAUUAUUAAGCGGCAGAUAUUACUCCACACACCCUGGUCCUUCUUUGACCAGAUUGAGUUAAUAGAUGGAAUAGGCUGAAGUAGUGUUUUCUUUGAAAACAAGUCUUUGUAUCAGGGACUGUGUAUUGGUUUGAUUGCCACAAAUGAAUAUGAAGUCCCAAAGGAUGGUGUUGCUGAAUAUUAAAGUUUUAUUUAAAUAUUG